AAGAGACUUUUCGAUAGGUGCCACAUUUAAAAAUACAAUUGGUAGUGUCAUUGGUAGUUGUAUAUUUAAGCUUGAUGAAUUAAUUGGCGCAUUUGGUACACAACUUCAAUUGCCCCUCAGUACAAAAACAUCAGUAAUAGCCACAUCUGUUGGUGAACUUCAAGAAGUACCACAUGGAUCAUACUGUGGAUGGAUUCUUGUCUCUGCACGAUUACCUGAAAAAGCAACACCUGUAAUAUUACAGUUUUCCGGAAAAAAUUUGAAAAAAAAGGAUAAAUUUUUUGAUGAAACAUCAGUUUUCUUUACAAUACAUAGGAUUGAAAAUGAUGAAAGAAAAACGGAAUUGUAUCGAAGUGAAGCACUACGAGAGCAUUCUCAUCCUAUUUGGAAACCAUUUAAUUUGCAUUUAAGAAAAAUUGCUGAUAACCGAAAUAGAUUGCUGGAAAUAUCUGUGAUGUAUCGUGAUGAAAUGAAUAAAAUAGGCAUGAUUGGUUCAUUUCUAACAACAUAUGCAAAAAUGAAAUAUGGUCCGGGAGCGGAAAAUGUUUAUAAUUUGGUUAAUCCAAAGAAGAAGUCAAAAAAAGGAUAUUUGAAAAGUGGAACAAUGGAAUUGAUUAAAUUUAGCGAUGUAUCCUUUUACUCAUUCUUAGAUUACAUAACCAGCGGAACCCAACUUCAUCUUGCGAUCGCAGUGGAUUUUUCAAAAAACUUAACUGUUAAUAAAUUAAAUGAUAUGCAUGCAUUUGACAAUGAUUUUGAUUGUGCUAUUAAAGGUGUCGCCGGCAUUAUUCGAGAUUAUAAUUCGAGUAAAAUGUUUCCGGCAUUUGGUAUUGGUGCAAAAAUUCCACAAGCAUUGAAUAAUCCUCAAAUUUUUCAUUUGAAUUUUGAAUCAGAACCGUAUUGUCGCGGUAUUGAGGGAAUAUUGGAAGCAUAUCGAAAUGCUAAAGAAAAAGUGAUACCAACUGACCGCGCCGAAUAUUCAUCUGUUGUUAAUGCUAUAGCUAAAAUGGCGGAAAAUGAGGGUAAACAUGGUUUGCAUUACUUUGUUUUGCUCAUUUUUAUACCGACCAUUGCCAAUUCAAAGAAAUUAUUGGAUGCUAUAACAAAUGUAACAAAAGCACCGAUUUCAAUUAUAUUUUUGGGAAGGCAAAUAGCAGAAUUGGAUGGAUUUCACAAUGCUAUAAGCCACAAGAAAAAUUCAUUUCCGGAUGACGUGGCAACCAAUUCUGAUCUUGUUGAGUUCAUCGAUUUAAAUUCAAUAAUGACGCAAGAAGCAACAUUAAAACAAAAUGCGAGACGAAUAGCUGAGCGAGCUUUGCGUAAUGUUUCAUGGCAUUUAAUUGCUUAUAUGCAUAAGAAUAAUAUUGCUGCAAAACCUCCGAUACAGAUUAAUCGUUCAUCAGUUUUUCAUUCAUCAUAUUUAAUCCCACAUCGGCCAUCACAAUACGAGGAACAGUUAUAUUGGAAUAGGAAUGAGCAAAAUCGUAUCAAAUGUAUCGCACCAAAUGGGUCACGUAAGCAUUCAGAAAAUAUUGAACGAAAUGCUAACAUGAAAAAAUUUUGGGAUAAAGCAAUAUUCCGUUCACAAUCAGUAGUGAGCGGUAAGAAUGAAGAAUUGAAUUCAUCAUCCAAUCGUCAGCUAUCACCGCAAUAUUCCUCUCAACGACAUCCAAGACGGGUUUUAAGAAGGCAAUUAGCUAUUUCAUGA